UUUCUAGCUUUUCUUCGGUGUCCGAUAAGGUUUUGGAGGCUUUGAGCGAUGACGUGUUGGGGUCGGGGCCAAUGUCGCCGACCUUCGUCGUGUCGUCGUUUAAGUCUCCGAGGUUUUCGAUAAUUUCGACGGGGUCACCAAAGUUGUCACCCAAAGAGACGAAUUCUAACAAAUACCGGAGGGGAUGGAUUUGUUCCUCAACGCCAAAGCGGUGCGUCUACGCAGUCACCACAACAAGUACUUCGUCGCCGAGGAAGACGAAGAGUCCGUUUCUCAGUACAGGAACGGCUCAUCCAAGAACGCCCGAUGGACCGUCGAGUUCGUACCCGGAUUAGAAACCAUCAUCCGCUUAAAAAGCCUUUACAACAAGUACCUCACCGCCUCGAACCAACCCUUUUUACUCGGGAUGACGGGUCGAAAGGUGAUCCAGUCGCUGCCUACGAGGCUCGACUCGUCGGUCGAGUGGGAACCCAUUAGAGAAGGGAAUCAGAUUAAGCUCAAGACUCGGUACGGUAACUUCUUGAGAGCCAAUGGAGGGUUACCGCCUUGGAGGAACUCGGUCACCCACGAUAUUCCUCAGCGUACCGCCACUCAAGAUUGGGUUUUGUGGGAUGUGGAUAUUGUGGAGAUUCAAAUCAAGUCUCCGAGCAGCGGUGACCAGCCCUCGGCUCCUCCUCACGCUGAUUCGUUGAACUUCGAAUCCACUUCACCUUCUGCACUUUCGGCCCAAUCCGGACGCUAUUCAAGACAAGAGUCGAGUUAUUCUUAUGUGGGUUCACCACCUAAAUCGGAAGGCAGGAUGGUAUACUACCAUGUGGCGGAUGACACUGGGGAGGUCGACGAUGAGGCGGGGGAGGGCUACCCUCUUAGUUUUAGAGGAAACGAUGUGGCUGAACUGACUCAUAAAAUAAGGGAAGAGACAGGGCUUGAAGAUAUUGUGGUUUGUACUCGCAGUCCUUUGAACGGAACCCUUUUUCCUCUCCGAUUGCAGCUUCCCCCCAACAACACCGAUGUGCAUGUUGUUGUUGUUGUUCCAUUAGCCUCCGAAGCGGCGAGAAGUUUUGCGAAAUGAGGAAUUUACUUAUGUGAGCUCCAUGGAAGGAGCGUAAUAGAUACGGUUGAGAUUGUACAUUCUACUCUCCAGUCUCUUCUUUUACUUAGGUUAAAGUAUUCAACGAGUCGACUACAUCCCAUUGCGUUUUAUCAGCUAUAGGUUGGACUAAAGUCCGGUGGAGAGGGUAGUUUUCUGCCAUGGCAGAGGAUUUGUUUUGUAUAUAAUAUUGCUUAUCUAUGUACUUCAUUGGUUGGUUUUUUAUGUAUAAACAUUUGUACUGAACUUA